AUGGCUGAAAAUAGAGUAGAAGAAUCUAGUGGAACUGCUCAGCACUACAUAGUGUGUGCCAUAUGUGGAGAGAGCUCCAACCUCUACUGCAAUGACUGCCAACAGAGCAUAUGUGAACAGCACAGAGAUGUCCACCUCCAAGAAGAAAAAAACAGCCACCAUGAAGUUGUUCUUUAUACAAACAGAAGAACACCCUUGCCGGCAGAAAAAUGUUCAAUCCAUCCAACAAGAGACCUUGAAAUCUACUGCGACUUUUGCAAGAAUCCUAUUUGUUCCAAAUGCUCCACUUCAAAUCACAGAAAUCACCAGACGUCUGAUCUAGAGAUUGUCUACAAUGAAAAACUACAGCAAUGCAAAGAUCGACUUACAAAGAUCCGUGAAGAAAAAUUAAAUUCCCAGACAGAACGAACAGAAAAAGAUGAGGAAAUAUUUACUCUGAUGAGAUCUGCCAUGAUGCAAAGAGCUCAAGAGAUGAAAGAAGUUGUGGAUGCCGUUCUUUCCGAUAAGGUUGGUGAGCUUGGUGAAAUGAAGGAAUCAUAUUUAAAAGAAACAGAAAAAGGGAGGUUAACAACAGAAGCCUCUAUCGAAGCACUUAAAAACGAGAUGGAAUCGGCAUCAAUGAAGCCGUCCAGUCUCUUAACAUUCCAUCAGAGAUUGUCUUCACAGGCACUGGAGAUAGUGCAAGAAUCUAUAACCGAUCAUCCAACAUUACCUACAUUCAUUAAAGGUUCAGAAAAUAAAAGAGAAAUAGAACAACAGUUUGGGGAAAUUAAUUGGCCAGUAAAGGAUCUGAAUUUCUCUCGACACGAAGAAGCAAUGAAUUUUAGUCAGAGCCUUCUAACUAUGAGUAAAGAGAGAGAAGAAGACAGAGGAAUGACAAAAUCGCUUCGCAAGAUUAAAGUUGUUCAUUCAAUUAAAUUAGAUUUGAAAAUAAAAAGAAAAAUUAACAUUUGUACACCAGCGUAUCAUUUAUCUUUUUUGUCGUCGGGGAAAUUCUGGGCCAGUAACAGCUGGGGGAACCUCAUCCUGUUUGAUAUGGAGGGAAAUGUGUUAAAGAAAAUAUCCACUAAUGUAGUAGAUGUCAUAGGUUACCACUCCGUCACAGUAGAGGGGCACCUUCUCUUCACAACUGCCAAAAGUAAAGCAAUCUGCCAAGUGAAUUGCGAAAUGAACACCACAAGAAUUAUCUCGACUGAGGAGUGGGAACCAGGGGCUAUUUACUCCUCCCACAUCAAUGGAGAUAUACUUGUGGGGAUGACUAAAAAUAAAGAAUUCAAGGUGACCAGAUACAGCAGGGAAGGGAAGAAACUCCAGGUGACCAAGAAUGAUGAUGAAGGAAACAACCUUUACAAGAGUAUAGCCUACAUCACAGAGAACAUCAACGGUGACAUCUGUACAUCAGACUAUACCGCUCAUAGAGUGGUGGUUGUGACCAGUUCUGGACAAUACCGCUUCUCUUAUUCUGGUCACCGGUCUCAGUCCGGAUUCCGUCCGUAUGGAAUCUGUACAGACUUUCUGGGACAUAUCUUGGUUUGUAACGGUUACUGUCCCUUGUUUGGCAGAAAUUGCUCCAGUGUCCACCAGCUGGACAUGGAUGGCCAGUUCCUGUCGCUUCUACUCACGUCAGAUCAAUGCCCAUACAAACCCCGCGCUCUAUGUUUUGAUGAGAAGCACACAUUAAUAGUCGGGAGUGAGGAUAGUUCUACUGUCACUGUGUACAAAUAUCUCCAGAAGACAGAAAAUUAUACAUAA